ACGGUCAAAGGUUACAUUGAUGCUGACCUAGUAACGGUGCAGACGAAAAGUUGUGGACCGGGGAAAUGGCUUCUCCUGAAAGUGCACAGAACACUUCUGUGCUAGGAAAGCCGACUUUCUGUGUUAUCACCGGGGCCAGUCGGGGUCUAGGCCGUUCCUUGGCGGUGGAGUUGUCCGGCAGUCUAGGGGAGGGGUCCCGCCUGGUGCUCACCGCCAGGUCGCUAUCCGGGCUGGAACAGACGCAGGCCUUGGUGAACAAGACAUCGGUCAGCGUCAAAGUAGUCAGUGGUGAUCUUGAGGACUCUGACAGUUAUCACAACUUGUUUCAGGGGAUUUUCAGUGACAUUACCCCAGGUGUGUUCCAACAUGCCUUGCUUAUCCACAAUGCCUCCUCACUGGGAGAUGUUACCAAAAGGGUGGUAGAGCACAGAGAUGCUGUUGUGCUACAGAAGUAUUACACAACGAACGUUACCUCCACCAUCACCCUCACAGCCAGGUUCCUUCAGAUAUUUCCGAGCUGUGACGUGACCAGGACGGUGGUAAACAUCACCUCCAGUGCAGGGUUCACACCAAUCAAGACCAACUCUCUAUACUGUAGUGGUAAGGCAGCAAGGGACAUGGUCUUCAAGGUGCUAGCGGAGGAGUCUCCAGAAGUUCGUGUUCUGUCGUUCUCCCCGGGCGCCAUGGACACAGAGAUGUUCGAGUACUACAGAACACACGUGGGAGACCCUGAGGUCAGGACCCUGCUGUGUCGGCUGGCAGAGGACGGGAAACUCCUCAAGCCGGAAUUCUCUGCACAAAAACUGGUCCAAAUUCUGGAAGAGAACUCCUACAAGUCUGGUGCCGUACUCGACGCUUUAGGUAGAUUUGAACACUGACUGAGAUGCAAAUGACUGUAAAUACACAUUACAUGCACGAAUAGUAAAACAAGUCAACAAAAGCAAUUGACAUCAACUCUUUAUCACAAACCUAACUGCUAAGCAUGUACAUUGUACAUUUGAUAUAAUGUACAU